GAUCCUUAUAUUCCACGUACAGGAGAUAUAAGGAAUAAGGGUUUGUGCUGCUAGGAUGUACGGCAUUAAAGAUAAAAACUCGGUGCUUGGACAGAAAGUCCAAGAGCCAAAGCUGCCGCACCCUGUGUAUCAGGAGAGGAUAAAACUCGGAGAACUUGGAGAUUUGUUUCCAUUUCUGCUCCCGGCGAUGGCGGCUGCUGAUCUGAGAGCCGAGCUGAACUGCUCCAUCUGCCUGAGCGUUUAUACAGAUCCCGUCACCCUGCCCUGUGGCCACAACUACUGCCGGGGCUGCAUUGGGAGGCUGCUGGGCACCAGUGAGGGGUCUGCGGGUUAUUCCUGCCCUGAAUGCAGAGCCGAGUAUCCGGAACGUCCCACCCUGAGCAGGAACAGAACUCUGGGGAACAUAGUGGAGCAAUUCCUUUCUACUCACCCAGAGCAUGAUGGGACGGGGAUCUACUGCACUUACUGUAUUAACUCUCCGGUACCUUCUGCUAAAUCCUGUCUCCUGUGUGAGGCUUCUCUGUGUGAUGCCCACGUGAGGGUCCAUAGCAAGUCUGCAGAACAUGUACUGACGGAACCCACCGCUUCCUUCAUAAAGAGAAAAUGUUCUGCUCACCACAAGGUUCUGGAGUAUCACUGCUGUGAGGAUGGGGCCCCUAUCUGUGUAUCCUGCUGCCUGGCCGGGGAGCACCGGGGCCACAGGGUGGAGCUGCUGAGUGAGGCCUCUGAGAAGAAGAAAGAAACACUGAGGAAAGUUCUGGAGAACCUGAGCCCAGUGGGAGAGGAUACUGAGAGAGGAGCCCAGAGGCUGCAGGAGCGAUUGAGAAAAGUGGAAGAAGUGGCAGCCGGUGAGACAGAGAGAGUCACUGCCCUGUUUAGUGGCAUCAGGGAAGAGCUGGAAACCCUAGAGAUGCGACUCCUGAGUGACAUCUCCAUGCAAAAAAAGGAGGUUUCCCACCAACUCCAUGACCUGAUCCAACAGCUGGAGAUAAGGAAGGACGAGCUGUCCAGGAAGGUCCAUCACAUUGAGGGGCUGUGCACCAUGGUGGAUCCACUCACUGUCCUACUGGAAGAGGAAUCAGAUAGAGUAUUUGCCUAUUGUGGGGCUGAGGGGGCAGAUACUGAGGGCAGAGGGAGGGAGGGUAUAAAAGUCCCGGCUGUAGGGGAUCUGGAUGUGGAUCUGAUCUCAGAGACAUUACUCACAGGCUUAGCUGGGAUUGUGACUGGGGUAAAGGGGAGGAUCUAUGGGAAGGAGGCUACAGACCUGUUAUUGGACAUAAACAUGGCCGGGAAUCACGUAUCUAUAUCGGGGGAUGGGAAAUCUGCCUCCUACUCACGUACAGACCAGCGUCGCCCCCAAACCCCAGAGAGAUUUCAGGUCCCUCAGGCUUUGAGCACCAGGAGCUUCCCCUCGGGGCAACAUUACUGGGAGGUGGAGGUCAGUGAAUUAGGGUACUGGAGGGUGGGCGUGGCCUAUCCCAACCUAGAGAGGGGCGGGGGUCAGUCCUGGAUUGGGAAUAAUACAAAGUCCUGGUGUUUGUACCAAUGGGGAAGCAGCUAUUUAGUGAUACAUGAUAGGAAUGAAACCAAGUUACCCCAAGUCCCUUCCUGCAGGAGAAUCAGGAUCUCAUUGGACUACGAGGCCGGACAUGUGUCCUUCUAUGAGCUGAGUGAGCCAAUGAGACACCUACACACCUUCACCGCCACCUUCACUGAGCCCCUUCAUGCCGCUUUCUUGGUACUGGACGCCUGGGUGAGGAUCCUUAGUUACGGUACAACUGACUCCCCGCUGGGGUCUCCCAUCCCCAGAGCUGCCCUUGGCCCCGGGAUGCCAGGGAAGGAAGGGAGCGCCGGGGCAAUACUGAAGAGGAACAAGAGGAGAGGACAAUCGAUGGCGGCUGCUGAUCUGAGAGACGAGCUGAGCUGCUCCAUCUGCCUGAGCGUUUAUACAGAUCCCGUCACCAUGCCCUGUGGCCACAACUACUGCCGGGGCUGCAUUGAGAAGGUGCUCGAUACCCAGGAGGAGUCUGGGGGUUAUUCCUGCCCUGAAUGCAGAGCUGAGUAUCAGGAACGUCCCACCCUGAGCAGGAACAGAACUCUGGGGAAUAUCGCGGAACGAUUCCUUUCUACUCACCCAGAGCAUGAUGGGACGGGGAUCUACUGCACUUACUGUAUUAACUCUCCGGUACCUGCUGCUAAAGCCUGUCUGCAUUGUGAGGCUUCUCUGUGUGAUGCCCACGUGAGGGUCCAUAGCAAGUCUGUAGAACAUGUACUGACGGAACCCACCUCCCUGGAGAACGUGAAAUGUUCCGUACAUCACAAGGUUCUGGAGUAUUACUGCUGUGAGGACUCUGCCUGUAUCUGUGUGUCCUGCUGCCUGGCCGGGGAGCACCGGGGCCACAGGGUGGAGCUGCUGAGUGAGGCCUCUGAGAAGAAGAAAGAAAAACUGAGGAAAGUUCUGGAGAACCUGAGCCCAGAGAGAGAGGAGACUGAGGGGCAAAUCCAGUGGCUGCAGGAGCGCAGGAAAGAAGUGGCAGAAGUGGCAGCCGGUGAGACAGAGAGAGCCACUGCCCUGUUUAGAGACAUCAAGGAAUGGCUGGAAGCCCUAGAGAAGCGACUCCUGAGUGACAUCUCCAGGGAACAAGAGAAGGUUUCCCACCAACUCCAUGACCUGAUCCAACAGCUGGAGAUAAAGAAGGACGAGCUGUCCAGGAAGGUCCAUCACAUUGAGGAGCUGUGCAACAUGGUGGAUCCACUCACUGUCCUACAGGCACAAUGGGAAUCCCAUGGAACCUAUAUAAGGGUCCCGGAUGUAGUGGAUCUGGAUCUGGGUGGGAUCUCAGAGACAUUACUCACAGGCUUAGCUGGGUUUCCAACUUGGGUAAAGGGGAGGAUCUAUGGAGAGAAGGUCACAGACCUGUUCCUGGAUACAAACACGGCCGGGAAUAACAUACUUGUAUCGGCCAAUGGGAAAACUGCCUCCUACUCACGCACUGAGCAAUGUCACCCUCACUCACCAGAGAGAUUUCAGGACUGUGCUCAGGUUUUAAGCACAAAGAGUUUCUCCUCGGGGCGACAUUACUGGGAGGUGGAGGGCAGUGAGUGUGGGGACUGGCAGGUGGGCGUGGCCUAUCCCAGUAUAGAGAGGGGCGGGAGAGAGUCCGGCAUUGGGGGUAACAAGAAGUCCUGGAGUUUGUGCCGAUGGGGAUAUAACUGUGCGCAGAGACACGAUAGUAUAGAAACCAAGUUACCUAUCGCGACUCUGUGUCGGAGACUCAGGAUCUCAUUGGACUACGAGGCCGGACGCCUGUCCUUCUAUGAGCUGAGCGAGCCAAUCAGGCACUUACACACCUUCGCCGCCUCCUUCACUGAGCCCCUUCAUGCUGCAAUUAAUAUAUUUGGCUGGGGUGAUAGUUCCUGGGUAAGAAUCAUUAGUUAGGGUUCCGGCUCCAUGUUCUUGCUCAGGGCGAGUAAUGAUCGGGAAGGGACUUUUGCCUCUAGCCCCUCCCAUCUGCCCAACAACCCAUUAUUGGUUCAUUUUACAAUAUCUAUAAAAUCUCGUAUUGUAUUUGUUACUUAAAAAUGAAAGCUUUAGGCGCAACUUGUAACCGUUUGCAUUUGAAUAUAUGCAAAUGACCUUAUUCUGUGAGCUAACAUUGGCUGUAAACACAUUUCCCAUUAUUCCUUAAUAAAAAUUUGAACAUAUCAUUAUC